AUGCCUUCUGGUCUUCAGGCCGACGGCACGUUCAUGUGCAAGCCGUGCCAGAUCAGGUUUCCGACCUGGGAGCGACUUCUCAAGCACAAAGACAUAAUGCGACGGGCCGGCAAGGCCAAACAUAUUCAUUGCAAGUUCUGCGGCAUGGACUUCAAGACUGAGGUGGCUCAUAUGACGCACAUUCACCAGAGCCACCCUCAAGCGCAAGAUCUCCAGUGUCCAGGAUGUCACCAGGGCCCCUUCGCCAAACUGGGCGGUCUCCUCCACCAUAUCCAGAACGAGUGCAGUACCCUGGAUGUUUCGUUCCUUGAACACCUUCGUGAGGAAAAGAUGGAGUUUGCUACCCAGCUCCAGGCCAUCACCAACGAGCCCGUCAAGGCAAACUACGCACACUAUAUGCCUGCCGCUAGUGGUAGUGGCUACGACUACGAGGAUGUUGAGAGCAAGAUCGAGGCCUUCAAACUUAAGAAGAAGGAGUUCCCCGAUCUCUGCAAGCCAGAGUCCACCGUCGACCACACCGACAACAAGGAGAACAUUGCGCCCUGGGAGUGGGAUUCGGGCAAGACGCUGUUCCCUGACGCGCCCCCAGCGCAGAAGCCAACAAAGGAACAGCUGGAGGCAGCAGCUGCUCCGGGGCCACAGGACUGGGAUGAAUGGUUGAAUGUUAAUGAUCCAACCCAUCCCAAGUUCAACGUCGCCCGGUACUACCAGCCUAUCAUUGACAAGUAUGCCUGCCCCGUCAUAGGAUGCGGAAAAACCUUCAAGAACUCCCGCGCCAUCAUCGGGCAUCUCAAGUCGCCAGCUCACUCGGGAACCAAGUACCGCUGCCCCUAUUGCCUCCGGACUUUCAACUCGCUUGCCGCCAUCACUUCGCACGCAGAGGACAGCAGUGUCAGAUGCCGAAUGCGCGAAACUGACACGUAUGGUGCCUUGAUCGACCAGCUGACGGGUGGUCUGGCGGAUGUCUCUUUUCGCCGCCAUGAUGAUGGCACCGUCAAGUAUGAGGUUUCCAAGAACUUUCGCCGCAAGGAGCCAGAGCCUUCCAAGCCUAAGCCUUCCAAGCCUAAGGAGCCAGAGCCUGUUAAGCCCGAGCCUCUCAGGCCGGUCAAGACUGAGUCUUCCAAGCCUCAACCCCUCAAGACAGAGCUCUCCAAGCCUCUGCCCCUCAAGGCCGAGCUGCUCAAGACUAAGCAGUUCGAGCCUAGCGUCAAGACGCUUGAGAUUGAUCCUUGGACUGGCAGCCAGAUCACCCGGUAA